GGCCCUCCCCCUGUUUUAAAUCCGCUGAACCUCCGGCUUCCGCUUGCAUUGUGAGGAGAGAGAGAAGCAAAAUGGGAGUAGAAAUUGAGACCAUAACCGCUGGUGAUGGGCGAACGUUUCCUAAAAAGGGACAGACCGUCGUUGUGCACUAUGUCGGUUCACUGACGGAUGGAACAAAGUUCGACUCUUCCCGGGACAGGGGCAAGCCUUUCAAAUUCAAGAUUGGGAAGCAGGAGGUUAUUCGUGGCUGGGAGGAAGGAGUUGCCCAGAUGAGUGUUGGCCAGCGGGCAAAGUUGACCUGCUCACCAGACUUUGCUUAUGGCAGCAAAGGACACCCAGGCAUAAUCCCACCCAAUGCUACCCUCAUCUUCGAUGUGGAGCUGCUUGGCCUGGAAUGAAGCGCGUGCUCUCACUUUGUCUAAUUCCACUCAGAUUUUCAGGGUUGACUCCUAUCUCGGGAACAUGGAGGAAAAAGCUAACGGAAGAUUUCUGCACUUGAUUCCUGUAAAGGACUCAUGCCUAUAGCUUCACCACUUCACUCUCCUUUCCAUUUUAGAUACAAAUUGUUGUCACUUGCUUCAAUUAUUCUCUAGCUGUAAUGUAGAACCUGUAUUGUAACAAUUCAUAGGCCAUACCUUUUUAGAGAUGUCAUUUUCUUCUGUUAUGUUUUUUUUUUAAUGGUGAUGUUUUUUUUUUGUAUUUUCCUUUAAUUUCGCUAGUCCUAGCUGCCACCAGGACCAGGUUACACACACACACACAAACACACACAAUUUUGGAUAAAGUGUCAUUACCCAAAUGUUAAAUCAAUCUCAUUCCUUUGGGUCAGGGAGUGGCCUUGCUUUAGAAAAUGUAUUGAUUGCAAUUAUGAAAAAUUGAUUGAAGAGUUUAAAAAAAGAAUAAAUGACUGUUUCCCACAUGGA